UGUUCUCAAGGAGACAAGAGCUCUUUAGAAUAUUCACUGCAGGGAGUAAUUAUAUUUCGAUAACACACGUCCAAACCUUCAAACUUAGGGAAAACGAUAUGUUCUAGAAAUGAUAUCAUGUUUAGAUUUUCAUAAUAAGUGUUGUUAGUUUAUAAGCAUCCCGGAAAAUAGCAAUGGAGACUUUCAGAUAUACCAAGGUGGUCCUUACCAUACUUCCACUCGUAUGCGCCUAUCCGAGAUUCCAGAAUGCCAUACCAAACGGCGAUAAUGUGCCCCACCCAUGUAACGCGAGUACCACGUGGGAGGGGGUAGGACACACCAAUCCAGCGGGUGGGGGCAAGAGGAAUAAAUUUGGAUUGGACUUCAAAGCGGCGGGAAUGAUAUGGACAGAGGAGCUGUGUCGCAAAGAUUCGGACUCGGACGGACGGACGAAUGGCGAGGAGCUAGGAGACCCACACUGCACGUGGCGUUCCGGGGUCGGGCAAAAGGCCCCGACUGCCUUAGGCAUUACUAAUCCAGGUAUCUGUGAGCCACUCGACUCUCCUAAAUGUGUUGCAUAUAACAAAGCCUUCACUGGAAACUCACUUGACUGUGAACAGACAUACGAACGAUGCCCAGCUCUUGAUCAUAAAGAUAUUCAGAAGAUGGAUAUCAACUUCCCCAUGACGAGCGUUCCUACGGAAGAAACGACGUACCAUUGCAUGCUGGUAGAUUUUCCGGCAGGGGACCAUCAUUUAGUUGCCACUACCCCGUCUGUUGACAACGUCGAUAUAGUUCAUCAUAUGAUUCUGUGGGGAUGUACAUUCCCAGAGGACAUGGACAUGACGGAAAUAAAUAAUAGAAAAGGCAGGGUGUAUCGUUGUGAGAUGACACCGGACCGUCACUGUCAGCAGCUACUUGGAACAUGGACGUAUGGCCACCGAGGAGACUGUUUUAAAGGUGACGCCGGCUUCAGGAUUGGCAGAAAAGGCACAAGAAUAGCAGCGCUUCAGAUUCAUUACAACAAUCCAGAAGAACUUACAGGGGAAACCGACCAAUCAGGAAUGGCCAUUUACUACACGACAAAGCUGCGCGCCCAUGAUGCUUCCAUGUUUGUUGUAGGACAAGAAUAUCUCGAUAUCCCACCAUAUUCACGAGGAGUGACAUUUGAACACACAUGCCCUUCCCAAUGUACUUCGGAAAUGUUCAAAGAGCCCAUUUAUAUAACAAGAGCAGCAAAUCAUAUGCAUUACUUAGGUGUAGGUCAAAGUAUUACAGUUUAUCGCAAUGGUUCAAAGGUAUUCGAUCUCUCCAACGAUGAUGACUACCAUUACGACAGACCUACUUUUUACCAUUACAAUCCUCCCAUCAAGGUCAUGCCUGGCGAUGAAAUAGUUACCAAGUGCAAUUACACUUCGAAUAGAAACACUUCCGCGUCAUACGGCGCAGGAACAAACGACGAAAUGUGCUACGGUUUUAUAACCUACUUCCCGGUGCAGAAAUUUCAAAACACAAUUUGUAUUGCUUGGAAAGGGAUUCAGAGAUGCAAAAGAAAACUAGAUAAGUUUAAAGGCAUCUACAAUGGCUGCAACUGGAGGCAGUUUCUGUCCAAAUCAGGAUUAUUUCUUCGGGAACUUUUGUCAAAUGAAACCUGUGGGAACUACUUACACGAUGGCGUAUGCACUGAAAAAUGCAUUGCUGAGUCACGUGAUUUUCUAGCUAACCCUUGCCUUCAGGGAGAUCUUGGAGAGUGGAUGUUCUCACGAACACCAAGUGCCAAAAGUUUAUUUCCAAUCUUGCAGGAAUGCUCUCGUUCGAAUGGAAUAAAAUCACUUAAUGAAGUUAAUAAAAUGAGCAUUUUAUUAUCAUUUGUGGUGCUUCAAAUUAUUAUUUUGGUGAACAUGCAGUGUGUCAAAUAAUAGAUUUUUCCGGGUAGAUGUUUUUUGCCGUUGUAAUAAAUUUAUGAGUGUGUUGAAACAGCAAAACCUUGCAGUGUGUCAAAUAAUACAUUUGUACCAGGGAUAUAUGGUUAUGCCAGUGUUACAAUUAAGUAUGUAUACGAAAUAAGUACCCAUGCAAAUGAAGAAUAAGUUACAAAUUAAAGAAUUUGUGAGGAUAUUAAUCAUACAAACAAAUCAAGAAAUAUGGUAGAAACUACUGAAAUCACAUUGCAAUAUAUUUAUGGACCUGAAAUUUGUAUAAUUAUGUUAUAAUGGUAAAUUGCUACGUUAUAUUUUGUUAACAAAUAUAAAUAACACAAUAAGGCGAGUUUUUUUCGUAAAUCCUAGUAGGCGGAUAGAAUCAGUUUGGUAUGGCAUGUACUUAGCUUUUUUUGUAUUAUUGUAUGCAUUGGAUAUUGAAUAUCCACCACUCAGUCUUGGUUUAGCUUUGAGCAUAUUAUCAUAUGUAUCCUUAAUAAAACUCAUGUUCCAAACUUCAAGAGACAACCAGAUAAAAAACAUAACUGUUUUAUAUCAGGAAGACGACCUUUAUUAGUUGUUAGCUACUGAUCGAUUUCUUAACUAGCUGUAUUGAUAUAUCUAUAUAUGUUGCAAUUUAUACUUUUACAUGAAAUACAAAGUGUUUAAACUGA